AGAUGAUAGAAAGUCAAUUCCUCUUUUGCUCUUAGAAGUCGCGACCGAAAGCGUUUUCUGGUGCUUAACUUGCUUGUUUUUCUAGUCAGAUGUGGCCGCCGUUACUGUAGAUGUAAGAACAAGUGAUUGUGAUCAUAAACAGCAUCAGCUACAUACCGGUCUGCUCUGCUUUUUUCCCUUUCCUAAAGCACUUAAAAGGAUGAUGGUUUCCUGUGUCGGGCAGCUCUUGCUGUUGUUUUCCGGCAGUUUUUCUACUACUAUCGGCGUGUUGGGUCGCGAAAAAACCACAUCGAGAACCACACGACUACAAAAAGAAACGAAAAAGAAACCGUCUUCAAGAACAUCUUCCGGGGCCCCGAUGGCAACGUCGACGAGUUCAUCUUCUUUCACGCAGGAGCAGAAGAAGAAGAACUCGCCCUUCCUGCCUGAUGAGCGCGUGGACUCCGACACGAUUUUUCCGGACGAGGAAGUGUUAAAGCACGUUUCGCACGGGCACAGACUGGUCCGCACUGCUGGGUCCUCGUCGUGGUCACCAGUGUCCACGACCAGCACAACUGCUUCAUCCCAGGGCGGCCGCAACGUGCCGGGCGGUACCUCCUUGUUCCCAGCAGGGGAACAAGAAAUAAAGCCCUCGUUAGCAUCUUCUUCAUCUGCAGUAGGAGGGAAAUUUUCAUCUUCCGAGAAGUUGUCUAGCAGGAACAAUGGCAGCACGGGAGAUGUUGAAAUCACGACGACGUCGUCGCGCUCGAACAGAAAAUUUGGAACAACUACAGCCCAAAAUAAAGUGUCUCCUGAUCAUGAAAUCAGCAUGAGGAGGACCGGCAGGAUGAGAAAAGCGUUGGCAGAUGACGUGUAUCAAAUGCAAGAAUGUCUGGGUCGUCUGGAAACUUGCGCUGACGCAUGGCAGUGAAUAAGAAGCACUAGCACAGUGUAAAGAUACACCGCCAAGCAUGGCAGAUUUAGGCGUGGCUCUUUAUUGCGUAUUCAUCCGGAUAAGAAACUGCGUUUUUGUAUGACAGACAAGAGGUGCUCUUUGAGGCCACGCAAUACAGGGCUCAGAGUCAUGCCAAGCUAGCAUGAGCAUGACAAAUUCAAAUCUCGAGGACAUUUUGAAAAUGUCCUCGGGUCUGGGUCUGGAAAAUUUCCAGACCCAGACAUAAGUUUGCAUUUCAUAACGUGAAAGUCCCCGCCGCGUCAGAAGAGGAAGAUGACCAACCAGUGGAGGAAGCCGAACAAGCUUCUGCGUCGGAAGAGUACAACUUUAUAAAACUACACUUGAUUCUUGAGAUCAUUUGUUCUAAUAUGCGCUGUAGCUGCUGUAGUUUAUAGCUCCUGUUCCUCGAGCUGCACCGCCCAAGCGGGCAAGAACUGUUAAAUGCAAACUGAAGAAGUUGUAGUUGUAUCGCUUGAAAGUAUUGAAUUUGAUGUGUAUAAUUGGAAAAUGCUUGCAGAAUAAAGAGCGCAUGCUUUGCAGGGAUGAAGCAGGAGGUGUUUCUCGUCCGACAGUUCUAACCCUAGGAGCAACCGACUCGAAUCACAAUUUGAUAUUGAUUUCCCUCCCAUCUGCCUGUCUUGUACAGGCGCAAAGUCUGUCUUGUACAGGAAAAAAUGAACUUUUUGUUCUCUUGAUGUACAGGAAAAUUCAACAACCGCCUGCAUCCGUGGCAGCUGAUGUUCCAGUUCACCACAAGCACGCCGCUCGCGUGACCAAGUACAACUACAACCAGGAAAAUGAAUCGAACCUCCUAAGUAGUGGCGAACCAAAUUACGGCUACGCUAGCGGUAGAAGUUAUGGGAGUGCUGUCAGGACCUCGUGAAAUCGACAAAGUGAAAGUACUAUGAGGUAUUUCGGCAUGCAUAAAAUCGAUACAAGAACCAGUAGGUUGCGCCCCGAAUUUCAAUUUGUAAGCAGCGAAUGACAAAUUUUGGCAGCGACGAUCAAAUUAUGCAGCUUGUCAUGCUGUUUGUGUUUGGUGCAAUGAUAAUGAAAUAGGCUGUUUUUGCCGUGCUCCCUUGUAGCUGUAUUCCGGGCCCGAAACACGCUUACAGUGAUGUCCCUCGAUUGCCUUCUCUGCAAGACGGGUCCUCCGUGCCUCACAUUUUAUGCAUCACAAAUCUUUGCCGUUUCAAGCUCGUCGAUUUCAAGCCUGUCACCCCCAGCUGCAUAGAAGUACCAACAGCGCCACGACGGCGACACCGCCCUCUGCCGAUCUGACCGAGCCGCAAGACGCGUCCGCCCUUGUCUGCCGGUUUUGCAAAGCGGUGCUGCUUUUCCUGGUUUUCCUCGUGCUGGGGGCGACUUACCCGAAAGUGGUGAAAGUGUGUAUAACCCGCUCAGGUGUUACAACAAUCUCAAACGUUACAAUAGAAUCCAGAAUUUGUGUUGCAUGAAGAGCAUGAGGAACGUGCAGAGUAUUGCGCUUUUCGCAAUACAAAUUUCGGCAGAUUCUAGUGCGCUUUGGCACUCCAGAACUUGUCAUGCGCACACCUAUGCGAGUUGGGUAGAUGGAUCAUGCACUUCUUGCAUGACAAAACCCAGAUUCUAUUGUAACAGUUGAGAUUGUAACGUCUGAGCGGGUCAUAGUGUGGGACCGGUGGUUUGGCGGCGGACGGAAGAUUAUGCUCCGUGGAAACAUGAUGGCGGACACGACGGACUACAGCUGCGCUGGUGUAUCAAAAAAUCCAGACACGAGUAUAAAAUCUCGAUCUGGACGAUAAAGUAAGAGCGAGUGUUUUUGGUAAACCACACGAAAUUUUUGACUUCGACAAGUUGAACUUCUAUCUUGCAUGGCAGAUUGGAUUCAGUGUUAUAGAAACUGACAACUUCCCUUCCAAGAGCAUGAGAAGAAACGACACAACAACUCCUCGACGUCAUUGGCAUUUUCCUAUCUCGCAACACGAAUAUAAUCCAGACCCAGAUAAUUAAACAUGUUUGCAGUGUACGAUACGCGCGUUCAUUAUCUUGGGAACUGCACCCGAAAAUGGAGUUUCACGACUGGUCUUAUCGCACGGAAAAAAUGAAUCAUACUCAUACUCGCCCGAGUUCGACCCUGAAAAGUCAUCACUUUUUUGAAAAAAAGCCGGCACUCUUGCCGAAAAAGUCAAGUAUUUCAUCAGCGAUUUUUUUUUUUCCGGCGGAGAGUUUGCGUCUCGUGGAGGUAAGGCCUGGAGUAUUUUUUUGGAUGAAGAUCUUGCUAAGUUAUGUAGUGGCGGCUUGUAGUAGUUUAACGGACUAAGACGAGGCGGCUGGCACGGAUACGCCCGCGGCUCCUGUCGUGACCUUAGCCUUCUGUCCUGCUGAAGAUGCUCCUCGGCGGCCCCACUCAUAACACAAAACGCCGUUUUUCAUCUAGGUCCUCCUCGAGAUGUCGGCAGCGUCGCUUUCCUUCGGGAUUGGAAGGCGGCAGCUUCGAGGUGUUGCUGGAGAAGGUCGGCGACCGUGGGAGGUGGUGCUUGUGGAUGGGGUGGCUGCUCUGGGAGGCGGUGCUUGUGAAUUUCGACAGCAGAAUUUGACAAGAAUUCUGCGUGUUGUCGAAUUUCGAAAAGGUGCCAGUUUUGGACAUGAUUCAUCGGGGUCAAAAAUCGGCCAUAGCAUCGGCGUAAAAAAAAUGAAUCAUACGCCUUGGCGAGUAUGAUUCUUGCCAUUUUUCCGCUUUUUUCUAAUUUUCUAAAAGAAAAUGAGCGAUUUGGGCGUAUGAUUCAUUUUUUUGGGCCGAUGCUAUGGCAAAAAAUUUGCAAAAAUGCAGUUUUUAAAAAAACGCCAAUCACGAUGCUAUGGCGCAGGUCGCCAAAUAUGAUUCAUCACGGAUACAGGUCGUGCUAAAAAAAAUGAAUCAUACCGCAAAAAGUGGUCUUUUUGGCAGAUUUUGCCACGUUUUUUCAUCCAUUUUCACGCGUUUCGCGCACUAAAAAUUGCAGUUCGGGGCGACAUUUUUUGCCCUCGUCUGUGGGCGAUCGCUGUGGUGGCGAUCCUUUGGAGGCAAGCCAGGGGAGGCAGCCAGAGGCCUACCCAAGGGGCCCGAGACGGCCCAAAAUAAAGGGCCCAGUCCUUGGGCAUUUGCGCGGCCGCAAGAUCGGGCUGGCCGCCGCCCCCUUAUUCUCGGCGGUGGGCUGGCCCCCGACGGAGCCGAGGGGGCCAACAGCGUUCCCAGAUAUGCGGCACCUAGCCGCCUCCCCAUAGCUAGUUAAACUACUACAAGCAGCCAAAAUAGAUAGAUGCAGCAUUCAUGCCAUUCGAACAUAAAAAGCAAACAGGUUACCCGACUUUGCCGAACGUCGCGAAGAUUUUUUGAAAAAGAAAAAUUGAAAAAAUUGCAAUUUUUUGACUUUUUUCGGUCCGGUAUGAGUAUGAUUCAUUUUUUUUGUGGGAUAGGUCUGCUUCGUCGUUACUGCACCCGAAUAAAAUGGAGUUUCACGACUGGUCUGCUUCGUCGUACAAAGGAGAGGUGCGGUAUCCACUUAAAAAACCUACAUUUUUGCUAUUGACUUGCAAGAGACGAGGAUUUAGUUGUGCUGUUUAUUGAUUAACAUGAAGGUAAAAGAUUUGUUUCCGCAUUACAAGUUGGCACGUAAAAAGCAAGAAGGUAAGGAUUUUGUAUAGGAUACUGGAGCACUGGAGGACAUGUUGGAUGACGAAGACUUGGGGAAUAUCCUGACUGAAAACGUACCCACACCAGAGUUGUAAUGCAAAUCUGCAUGCUGAAAAUGUUUCUCAUGCGGAGCCCCAUGAGAAGCAUUUUCUAGUCGUGUUUUGCAAUUUUUCAUGCUCAAAUCAGCAUGAGAGACUAGAUCUGUACUGCUUCUGAACUAGCUUAAACAGCACUACACUACGCGUCCAAAUUUGUCAUGCGAAACAGCCAAAGCUUGUGGAUUUGUCUAGCCGAUUCCCCAUCUUGACUAUGGGGUGGGUACGUUUUUACAUAGGAUAGGGAAUAUCCUGAGUGAAAACGUACCAACCCUCCAUGUAGUCAAAAGGGGACGAUAUCAAUAUCGGCUAGACAGGAAGUCCAGAAGCUCUCCGCAUGACAAUAAACCUGGACAGGCAGUGAAGUGUGCCAGUCCUCCUCGUGCCUGGUGGAUAUAAAAGCCGUAUCAGCAAUUGAUGUUAGAGCAUGCCAAGUUCCAACUACGGGGCUACGCCUCUGAUCAUGGGGCUGCGCAAGAGAUAAAUCUUAUCUAGGGCAUCGCGCCGAUUUGCAUGACAAAUUAAUACAGGGACGUCGUCGUGGUGGGUAAGUUUUUACUCAGGAUGGGCAUGGACGAGCUCAGGCUUGUGUAGUAGAGGUGGGACGUCAGAAGUGAAUUUGAAAAAAGUUAAUUUCUUGUUUGUCUCUGACCGUCAAAAUUGGAUGGGAAAGCAAAGCAGGAUGUUGUUGAUGCGCUGACCAUAGCGACAGUUGUUGUCGUCUUGUACUAGUUUCCGUUGUAUCAAUAGAAGUAUAUGUAUAGAACUGUACAAAAAAUGUGAAAAUAACAUGACUAUACUGCCCUGUUUCACACUCCUAUGUCGCUCCGAGAAUGCCUGCCGUAAAAAUAAAAAAUUGUAUCUUCAUGAAAUAAAGCUAAUCGAUCUAAGCCCAAGAGGCCAACCCUGAUUGUUGUGACAGAAAAGAUGCACUGUGAAAGCCAAAAUCCAGGAUUGAUCCUAUGAAAAAAGUGCGAAAAUGUAUCUACUAGCACGACGAGCUAGCAGGCUCAAACAGAAUGAAACACGACACGCCAUGUUGCAUGGAGCAACUUCUCCUGCGCUAAGUUCUGAAAAUUCUGAAGAAAAUUGUAAUAUUGCUCAACAAGAAUAAGAAAAUUGAAAUUACUAGAUCGAUCAGCAGAAAUCGAUAGGUCACCAG